AUGAUUUAUAAUGUUCUGAUAUUAAUAUUUUAUAUAUUUCCUAUUAAAACUAUCAAAAGUGCAUUAACAGGAGAACUUAAAAUAUGCAGAAUUGAUAAACAUACUAGCAGUGUUGAAGGAGCUGAAGAAGUAUUUAUACUUGUAGAGAAAGUUGGAAAAAAAAAUAUUAAGGUAAAAUUUUUCGAAUUAAAUGAGGACGAUUGUGAAAUUUGGUGUGAAUAUGGACGCUUUUCAGAAUUGGAUGUUCAUCAUCAAUAUGCUAUUGUAUUUCGAACUCCACCAUAUAGAGAUCUUAAUAUUACUACACCAAAAGAGGUUUUUAUACAAUUAGAACGACCAUCUGAUGGAGAUUGUUCUGAACCAAUAAAAUUUACUUAUAAACCAAGUGACAGAAUUACAGGUAGGAAACGACAACGAAUAUCUCAUUCUGGAAGCUCAGAAUUAUCAUCUAUAUUACCAAUUUCUAAUUAUAAUGAAAAUGAAAAUAUAUCAGAUAUUUUAAAUAAUUCUAAAGAAAUAAAAAAAAUAUUAUCCGAAGGUAUUACAUCACCAAUAUGCAAAGAAUUUCUUAAAAAUAUGGAUCUCGACAAUUAUUUAAAAUUCUUUGAUAAUGAAGAAAAUAUGCUAAUUACUGAUGGUCCUUCAACUAUGCAAAAUCAAGAUGAUAUUAUGUUUGCUAAAAAUGUACUUACUAAAGUUAUACAAUAUAUGAAAAUGGAUUUAAAAAAUGUAGAAGAAUAUAUUCAAAAGUUAUUUAAUGAUCGAUCGACAACAUACGGAGAUUCUCCAUUACAUGCAGCACUUCGAUAUGGUCAACGAGAUAUCGUGAAAUACUUUUUAAUGUUAAUAAGUUCUAAUAAAGAUUGUAAAGCACUCGUUAAUGGACAAAAUAAUUCUGGAAAAACUCCAUUACAUUAUGCUAUAUUACAAAAUCAACCAGAAAUAACAGAAGCAUUACUUAUGCUUGGUGCUGAUCCAAAUCGAACAGAUGAUCAUGGAUUUUCUCCAUUACAUACAGCUGUAAAAAUUCCUGAAGCUGGUGCAUGUGUUAAUGUGUUAUUAUCCGAAAAAAAAAUUGACAUUGAAGCAUACAAUGAUGUUGGAUGGAUGCCAUUACAUCUUGCAGCAAAAGCAGGAUCAUAUGAUGCAGUAUGUUCACUUGUUCAUGCAGGUGUAAAUGUAAAUAAUACUGAUAGGUCUUGUGGUCGAACAGCAUUACAUAUAGCUGUUGAAAGUGGACAUAAGAAUAUAGUUGAAUAUUUACUUAAAAAGACAAAUAUAUCUGUAAAUAAAAGAAACUUUAGUGGAAAUACUGCUUUGCAUACUGCAGUUGUAUAUGCAGGAGUUCAAGCAAAAGAAUUAUGUGCAUUGUUAAUACAACAUGGUGCAGAUCCACAUAUUCAAAAUCAUAAUCGAGAAUCAAAUAAUCCAAUAGAUAAAAAGAAAGAGUCUCAUAUCAAAGUAAAAGUUGAAGUAGAUGCAGAAGAUGAAAAUGCAGAUGAAGUUAUUGGACAAUCAUCAUUUGAUUUAGCUAAAAAUAAACCAGAUAUUUUGCAACUUUUUAAUAGACAAUAUGAAGAAACAACAAACGAAAUGUGUUCAGUUACUACAAAAUUAGAAUUAAAGGAUGAAGAUACAGAGAUAAAUUGGUUAAAUAAUGAGCAUAAAGAAAAAUUAUCUAUACUUUUAGAUAAAACACAAGGUUGGCAGAAACUUGCAAAACAUUUAAAUGUUGAAUAUUUGUUAAAAACAUUCCAGCAUAGUUCAACAAGUCCAUCAUUGUUUCUUUUAAAUUAUAUUGAUGUGGAAGCAACUUUAUCACUGAAGGAAAUACAAACAAUAUUAAGAAAAAUUGGAGAGAAAGAAGCAGUAGAAUAUAUAAAUGAAAUUGUAUCUAUGUAUUCAUAAAAUAAAUCUGUUUUUAAAUAUA